UGCCAAUCAGCACCUAAGCAAAGUUGUCGAAUUCAACAAAUGAGAAUCGAAACUCCAGUCAAUUGAGUUUCGUACCUACGCCUCAAAGGGUAGCGUUUUUAAAAUAAAUGGUUAAUACUUACUAAAUAUAAUCUCAAAAAUGGAUGUCUUUCUAAUGAUUAGGCGAAAAAAAUUAACCAUCUUCACGGACGCUAAAGACACGACAACGGUACUGGAAUUAAAGAAAAUGAUUGAAGGCAUCUUAAAGACUCCUCCCCAGAGUCAGAUGCUGUUCAACAAGGACAGCCAGCUCAUGGAAGAUGAGAAGACCCUAGCGGAGUAUGGACUCACCUCGGCUACAGCUAAAGCUCAGUGCCCGGCACCCAUCGGACUUGCUCUAAGAAAGGAAAGCGGCGAAUUUGAAGCUCUGGAUCUGACCCCGUACUCUUCCCCCCCGGACCUGCCCGACGUCAUGAAGUCACAGGAAGCCAACGGACAGGAGCAGAUGGACCAGCACUAGGCCGCCCGACCGGACAGCGCCCGCGCCGCCACACCGCAUAUAUUAUAAACAUACUUAUUUUGUUAAUCAUUUAUCGAUUUUUGCUCGAUUUUAACAAUUCUGUUGCUACACGUUUGUUUGUAGUCUUUUUGUGAUGCUUUGUAACGGAUGACGUUUUUAUUCGGUGCGGGACAAGAUGCUGGCAGCUUCCACGGCACGCCAAGGAUCAAAACUCGACACUUUAUUGUAUGUAUCCAUUGUAUAUUAUGUGGAUCUAGCCGUGGAAGUUUCUAGCAAAUGUAUCAGAACAUGAUUUUCACUCAUAAAAGGCUUUUGGCGAAAUAUUUCGCGUGAUGCUGUAAUUUAAAUUCAUUAUUAUUUAAUUACAAUAUCAAUCAGCAUAUUAAUCAACUAAAAUAAUAUUAUACCGAGCAGCAUCAUCGCCUCAGACCUAAGCCAUGACAUCUUGUUUAAAUCUUUCAAGUUUUUCCGAAUAUAACAUUCGUGCCUCUCAUGUUUGCACUAAACAAUACUUUUUGUAUACCGCUGCAACUAUACGGUAGCUUGCUCAGUAGGGCGGGGCCUGCCGAAUGGCACGGCAAUCUUACAUUCAAGGAACUAUUUCCUUUAAAUGAUGGCUCCAUGGUAGGUUCAUACAAUCAUUGCAUUGUUUCGCUCAAUCUCUAAACGCUAGUUCAAAAUGAAAGAGACCUUUUACUGUCUAAACUGUAAAAAAAAUUUUUCAGUGUAUAUGAAAACUUUUGACAUAGUAAAUGGCACUUUAGUGACCAUAUGAACUUUGUAGUAUAGGUAGUAAAUGGGCUUUUUAUUUACUACUUUGCUUUUCCCUCGCAGUAAAAUCUAGCCAGUAAAAGUAAUUUAAAUGUAACUACUUUUUUUAUCAUUUUAUUAAAAGGGGUAGGGGUAAUACGAGUAUCAACUUGGUUAGGUAUUUGAUGGUUCGUUGUAACUGUAAUAUGUGACAGUCUAACGUAAAUUAGAAGGGUGGAUUCAUAUGCGUUUUUCAUCGCGUUGCCAUGGAAGAGAACUACUAAUUAAAUAAUAUCUUGAUGAACUAAUUUGGGUGAUACUGAGAUGUUAAUUUGUAUAUCUUAUGCUUUUUACUAUUUUAGUACUUACUAAAUAAAACUGAUAACGUUUAUUUGGCUCCUGUGUAACAAACUUAUCAGUAUUCCGUCAUUAUUUAUUAACACUUUUAUGUUGUUUUUUUUUUUCUAUUUCAACGAACAACCAGCGGCGAGCCCCGCUCAGCCCCCCACCCCCUUCCGUGGGGGGCGCAAUCACCUCACUAGCCUAACUUCUCUGUUGCUUAUAUCUGUCUCUGUCACGUCGGGUGCACUAGCAUAGCCAUUAUUACGAAACAAUAAGGCCUUUUUAGGAUAUUGACGUCAUGCCUGUAUUUUACGUGAAGUGCGCAUAAUCCUUGCUCUUAAAAUGUGUGGCUGUGGCAGCCGAUACUAGCGCCAUCAAGUGGCACGGCAUAAAACAGUACUAAAGUGUUGCCAGCUGCGCCACUGUUAGAUGCUCCAAUAAGUUGAUUUAUUUUCUUAGCGUAAUUAAGGUUUAAAUUAAUGAUUUGUGAUACAUAACGACGUUAUACGAAUUGACAAUGCAUUUCUUGAAAUUAAAAUGGUUGAAGUGUUGUUUUUAAUGUAUGAAAGUCAAGGACCUUAAUUUUUUUAGAUAUUAAUUAAAUGGAAUGGGUCCCAUGUUUUCUUACUUAGCACAGCCCUUCAACUGAUUCUAAAACUUUAUUUUUGUAUACAUAUUUGUUACGAAUUUAUGAUUUCAAGUCCUGUAUAUUAAGUUUGCUCGACAGAUAUAACCAACAGACCAUUGUCCAUUGUACAUCUUUUUUUAUGAUAAAAUAUUUAACUAGCAUAGUUGAUAGCUGAUACUUGUAAUAGGGAGUAAAUAGGAGCUUUUCAUCACGGGGCUGCUGCGCCCUCUAUUGUGAUUUAAUAAUAACUAAUAUAACUCCCGUCGCCAGUCCAUGACGGAUCGCUAUUUACUUUUUUAACGGGAACUUUAUUAAGCACCGAUUGUAUUUAUCUCGAGUUGGUCAAUUUAGGUGCAUAGCUAGCUAAUAUGACCCACGGGUCGGCGAGGUUACUUUCAGAUCUAAUCCAAGUUAGAAUAGUUGGGUAUUAAACGAUAUUGCACUUUAUUGUACUAUAACAUAGGAUAGAUAAUCAAACUAUCGUUCACCAUGGCCACUUAGGAAAAAUUUCUUCAUACAAAAAUGUAAUGUCACGUCGUGGUAACAUCUACACACAGCCCACAGGUAGGUGAAUCUAGAGUUGGUACCUAACUAGAAUCAUACAAGAUACAAGCACAUAAAAACCAAGCUAUCGGUCACUAUACAGACGCGACUACAUUUCUUAUGUGUCUGAGAUGGUCCUAUCAGCUGUAUGAAUACUUGUUGGCUGAUAAAUUCAAUAUUUCAAUUUUGUAUGAAGACACAAAGCUGUGCCAGUACCACGCGUAAAAUUUCAAGAUUUCUUGAUUAACCAGUAUAGAACCAUGAUGGUGUCAUUCAAUAUUGGUUCCCCGGGUAGGUAACCUUAGUGGUUAGUCAUUAUAUCCUCUCGUACAACCCCGUUCGCUGAUGGAUAAGUCACAUAAUCAGUGUAAUUAUUUAUUCAGAGUCUCUUGUGAGUAGAGGCAGACAAAGAACCGAUUGCCAAAAUAUUUCGCUUCUAAAAAUUAGGUGCUGGCAUCACUAUGAUUUUUUAGUAGUCCUUAUUUCGUCCAGUAUAGAAGUUUUUAAUUUAAAUAUUUUUAGAAAAUGUAGUGGAAAUUACACCUUUUGUACGCGUCGGUUCUUUGCUAUGGCUGUACCUGCAUUAUGCAUUAGUAAUGAUUCAACUAGAGACACAACGAGACUAGAGUAUGUAUGAAAUAGCGUAGUAUUUCAUGUGCGCGUAUGGAAGUCUACAAUUAAAUGAACCAGCAGGAAAUAAAGCUGUUUUGAUUUGU